CGUCAAAAAUAUUAUUUUAGGAGUUGGUGCUUAGCGGCAAUUUUUCGUAUUUUUUUAAGAUCUCUUGUAAGCACCCAUUUAAUUAUGCCGCUCGAAGUCCAAGGAACAUUCGUAUCACAGAAAAUUAGUAAAAUAAGAUGGAUAGCUGAAGACUAUGUGGAAACAAAGUGUUUUUUUACCGGUAGUUGGGAUGACGAUCAAAAUUCUAUUAAAGUUUGGACGUUAGAAAGUCCUCAUGAAGAGGAGGAGGUGGAAUACCCUCGCCAGUUGUCCGAGUACCUUGUAGACGGCGAUGUUACACAAAUCAAGUUUACAGAAAAGAACAAAAUCGCAGUUUCCUUAUCAAAUGGCGACGUGAAAGUGCUGGAAGUAAGUUUGUACGACAAACAGUUUCCACUUAAAGAAGUAUUCCACUGGAAGAAGUUACACAGCUACGGUGCAGAACAAUGUUCCUGCACAUCACUGGACACCCUGGAAGGUGACAUUGCUACCAUUGGUGAGGAUGGCAAUGUAAACAUACUGAGUGGCAGGCGGGGAGAGGUGAUGCAUUCCAUCAAGGGAGCUGACAGCUGCUCCCUACAUUCCAUCUGUUUUAUCAAACACACUGAAGUUAUAACUGGUAAUGUGAGAGGACAUAUGAAGAUAUGGGAUGUAAGAUCUACAAACAACAAGCCAUCAGCUGCAUUCUUACUUGCAGGGGAUGAGUUAGCCGCCACUUGUAUCAUCCAUCAUCCGACACAACCACAUAUUAUCCUCGCAGGGAGUGAAUCAGGAGCCCUCGCAGUCUGGGACUUGCGAAUGAACUCCUUUCCUACGUCUUUAGUGAACGCUCAUUCCGCAGGAGUAUCAGAAAUGCAGUUCCAUCCAGAAAAUCCUCACAAGCUCCUUACAUGUUCUGUAUCCGGAGAAUUAUGGGAGUGGAACAUGGAAGCCAUGACAAAGAGUUCCAAAGGCCCUGAUGGCCAGGUGAUGUGGAUGCCACUACAAGAUAAGAAGUCAAUGAUGGUGAACUCCUUGAUACCGGCCCUACAUAAAUCUAUCAACAGCCUUCACUGUGACAAAGGCCGGAUACUUUGUGGAGCUGAUAAUGAAGCUGUUUAUUUGAUUAAGAACUUUAAGUAUUAAUUAAUGAACUUGUGGACAGUUGUGUUUUGAAUGAUGAUGUGCUACCUAACUAGAAUUUGAAUUCUUGAAUGUGGAGUACGAACCCAUAACAGGUUGGAACCAAGAUACUGGUUUUAUACAUGAAGAAUUAAUCUAUUGUAGCCACAAUAUCAGAACAAGUGAAUAUCUACCGAGUUUGUUACUGUAUUAUGAAUUUUGGUCAGUGAAAUGGUUUUUUAAUUCUGUUAAGCUAGUUACUUAAGUAAAACGUAAGGAGCUAGGUAACUGUAACUAAGUUAUUUGAUACAUUUGAAAUAAUAAAAGAUUAGUAUAAGUAA